AUGGCCAAGAUUUACGACAUUUUGACAGUAGAGAGAGACAUCGCUACCGAAGCUGAGCACACACUGGUUGAAGCCCACACAAGGAAAACUUUUACAUGCAGAUCAAACAAUUACAAACACAAAAUACAAUGGCUGGACCCGACCGGGCAGCCCGUCCCUCGCACCGACGCCAGGGUGGUGGUCCACCAUGUGACGUCACGGGUUGGGGCCGCAGCCGUGCUCGUGCUGACGUCUGCUGAGGUGCAGGACACUGGGGUGUGGACCUGCCGCGCUCGUGGUGCGAGCGUAGAUGUGGCUGUUUGUGUGAUAGAAUCAACAGUAUUCACCAGCUCACACCAGGAGCUCUCCGUAGACGAGGGCCGAGCGGCAACCCUGGACUGUGGGGCGAGAGGCAACCCUGAGCCACGGCUGGCUUGGUACAAAAAUGAUGAACAGAUCUUCGAUGAGGACAACUCAACCAAGUACCUAGUAAUGAACAGGUACAGCACACACGGGGUCCAGUCAUCUCUCACCAUCAAGUCUCUGACGUGGCCAGACGGCGGGCAGUACGCCUGCCGAGCAGUGCAGGACCAUCCGGCCAUGGAGGCGUGUUCUGUGACUGCUGGCUUGGUGGUUACCUUACAUGUUCGUGAGAAACCGAUAUUUGACGACGUUGACAGUAUCCGCAAUGCUUUUGCCAGAGUAGACGAAAGAAUACAGUUAAACUGCACAGCCAACGGAUACCCGCCACCUGUCUACUCUUGGUUCCUUGAAAAAGACAAAGACGUCUUAGAAGACCUGAAAAAUACUGAAUUUUCAGAUUCAUUCUAUAAUAUUACUGAAAAUACUCUCGAAAUAGUGACAAAUGAAAUAACAUUUGGAAGGAGGUAUAGAUGUCGAGCUGGCAAUACUUAUGGAUAUGCUGACAAAGUAUUCGUUGUACUAAAUGUAGAGAAACCUACUGUGCCUUCAGUGAUUCAUUUACUUAAUAAAACUGAAAAUGAGCUUAUGCUUUCUCUAAUUUGGGAUAAAGAUGUGGUUUUUCCUAUCGAUGAAAUAUUGGUUCAGUACACAGACGACGAAUUUUCAGAUAUCUCAGAAUGGAUACAUUUGUAUGAUAUUAUUACGACAAGUAACGAAUCACUUGAGUGCCAAGUGAAACUAAAAAACCUAGAAAGCGACACAGAAUACCGUGUUCGAGUGAGAAUCUCGAAUGCCGCUGGUCAAUCCGAAUGGUCAGAAUCGUAUUCUUUCCGCACUAAUUCUGACGAUCUAAGAGCCCUCACCACCAUUCUAGAAGAGCAACUCAGCGUGGGCAUCUAUAGUUUCCUGCUACUUGUAACUGUGGCAGUGUUUGCGUGGAUUAGCUGUUGGUGGUGUAAGAAUAUACGGUGGUGAUGUAGUAGAAAUAAACU